AUGAAUCCUUCUCAAGAAAACGGCACAUCGGUCAAGCAUGAAAAAUUUCUAUUUGAUUGCGACCAUUUAAUCACAUUUUGCACUAAUUUCGGUAAAUCUGAUAUGGAAGAUCAGACAGACUCUGUAUUAGAAACAAAAUUGGAGGACCUUGAAAACAGAUGGAAAAAGUUACAAACAUCAUACGAGUCUCUAAUGAUAUCCCCAAGAUCCGAAAAUAGUCAAGACUUCAAAGAAAACGCAAAAGUUAACUUUAACGCAUGUUCAGAAACGUAUUACGCAUGUAGAUCACACAUAGUGGAUUUACUCAGACUAUCAAGAGCAUGUGAAGUUCAAACUUCAAUGCCCCGCACAAGUCUGUUACCCCAAGCCCUUCCCCUAGCUACAAGAUCAUCCUUCAUAAAGCUCCCUCCUUGUGAUAUAGACACAUUUACUGGUAGCUAUGAAGAAUGGCCAGCAUUUCGCGAUCUUUUCACCACGGCAUGCAUUGAGAAUAUUGAAAUUCCAAAAGCCCAAAAGUUAUUUUACUUAAGAUUAAAAACAAAAGGUAGCGCGGGGGCCAUUGUUAAACGAUACACUCUUUGUGAUGAAAAUUUUGAUCAUGCAUGGAAUGCACUAAAGGCACGAUUUGACAAUAAGCGAGUAUUAAUCGAUAACAAACUAAAAGUACUUUUCAAUAUCCCUGUCGCAACCUCGGAAAAUAGUGAGUCUAUACAGAAAAUUCAUUCCACAGUCACCGAUUGUUUAACUUCACUCAAGGCACUUAACGUGAAAGUGGAAGGAUGGGACCCUAUACUUAUAUAUUUAGUUUCAACUAAGUUGCCAGAUGAUACAUUAGCUCUCUGGGAACAAUCGUUUAAAACUCAGCGGGAAAUGCCAACUUGGGCCCAAAUGGAUGAGUUCCUCGUUAAUCGAUAUGAAGUUGUCGAAAGAAUAUCAUCCAUAAAAACCACGAAACAGCGAUUCAGCCUUCCUACUAUCUCUAAUCCCAAGAUACAGUCAUACUCUUCACAAGAAAAACUUGAAUACACGUGUAAACUCUGCAAUGGAGAUCAUAACUUAAGAGUUUGUGGAAAAUUUAGGAAAUACACAGUACAGCAGAGAAUAGAUUAUGUUUUCCAAAAUAAAAUAUGUAACAAUUGUCUCUCGUCAGGCCACACUAAAUCGAAAUGUAUCAGCCAGAAUACUUGUUUUAUUUGCAAAUCUAACCAUCAUACUCUACUUCAUUUACAAAAACCUCAAAAUUCAUCUAAAACCCCGCGAAGUAACGAAAAUAUUAAAGAAUCAAAAAUUUUACUGCAGAAAAGAAACGACUCUUCUAAGAAUCAGGAUGCUGAGCAAAGCGACAACGUCCCCUCAUCCUCCCCAAAUUGCCAAGUACAGGCCAAUUUCUCUUCUAAUAACGUCAAUAUAUUACUUCGCACAGCUUUGGUGCAAAUAGAACACUUCGGAGAACUAUUUACAGUCAGAGCACUAAUUGACCCAGGAUCUCAAAGAACAUUCUUAACAGAAAGAAUUAGAUCUCUACUUAAAUUACCUUAUCAAAAGGCUGAACUUGAAGUUGUUGGAAUAGGCGGUCAAGUGCAAUCUGCAAAUAAAGAAUGUGAAAUUACUUUAUUUGCUAAGCGGUACUUAGCUGAUCCGAAUUUCAAUCAUUCUUCUCAAAUAGAUUUAAUCAUUGGUAAUGACUCAGAGCAUUUCAUCAAUAUUGGCGGUAUUAAAAAAAAUAUUUGCGGUCAGGCGUCGGCAUACAACACAAUAUUUGGCUGGGUUCUAAGUGGACCAAUUGAAGCUAAAACUAUACAUACAUUUACAACAACCGUAGCCCCUUCUGAAAAUGCUGAGCUAAAUAACACGUUACGAAAAUUUUGGGAGCAAGAGGAAAUACCAUCAAGACCCAUAAUUUCUGAGGAUGAUCAAUAUUGUGAAACAUUCUAUAAGAAAACAACAACAAGAGAUGCCAGCGGAAGAUAUGUUGUAAGAUUACCAUUAAAAAAGGAAUUUCCCAAUUCAAAAUUUCUCGGCGCAUCGCGAAUUCUAGCCCUAGUCCAAUAUUCUCGUAUAAACCAAUCUCUUGCGAAAACUCCAGAGCUAGCAAAAGAAUAUAAUAAUGUUCUAGAAGAAUACUUAUCCCUCAAUCACAUGGAACCCGUUUCCUAUCGGGAAAUUGUAUCAGACGGCAAAUACUUCUCUUUUUAUCUUCCUCAUCAUGCCGUAGUUCGCCCCCGAACACAAAACAACCAAGAGAUUAUCAACUUAAAAACUGUUACUUUCGGCGUAAACUGUGCACCAUUUCUGGCCAUUCGUACACUGCACCAACUUGCAGAGGAUUCUCAAGAAAUGUUUCCCAAAGCUGCCGAAAUUUUACGGACAGAGACAUAUGUAGAUGACAUAUUAUCUGGUGGGCAUACCAUUAAAGAAGCAAUUGAAUCACAGUCUCAGAUCUUGGAAACUCUGAAGUCCGCUGGGUUUAUCUUAAAGAAAAUAACCGCUAACGACACCCAGUUACUCAUUAACAUCUCAAGCGAAGACUUGUAUGAUUCGAAUUUAUUACGAUUUCAUGAAACUAGCGCUACAAAAACUUUAG